UUGUAGUCCUUGAGCUUAUCGUUGGAAGAAUUUAUUUAUUAAAAAAAAAAAUCCGAUCUUGUUACAUGCAAAGCGUAGAAAGAGAAAGAAUGAUACUUAUCUUGGGACUCCACACCAACAGAAUUGGGGACUGCAAUUAUUUUGGGAAGUUACACCCUCUUCUCGAAAGCCUUUUAACUACUGACUGUAGUCUAUAGAAUUCAUGCUCUUGGAGAAACUAAUAGGAACCUUAUGUUAUGACACAUAUAGGUCAGUAAGUUAGUGAAAGAAACGCUUGCUGAAGGAUGUCCUUGAGGGCAAAGUGCAAACAUUGGGAAAAAGGGAAACUGCCGAAGCUCGUGAUACCAGCUGAAUUUGAAAUAACAAAAACACAUAAUAGCACCUCAAAAACGUUUGAGGUUCAAGACAAGUGUAGAUGCGACAGAAGUACAAGUGAUAGACGCGAUGCAAAAGAUUGCAUCUCACAUAAAAAAUCCUGUGAAGUUCAGUAAGGCAUCAAAGCUUGCCUUGCAGUUAAUUAAGGCUGGUAGUGUGAAACCUGGAACCAGUGAUCACUUCUUUGCCAUACUGGAGUCUGCAAUGUCUUCACCUUCUUCUUGUACGGUGCCUUCACUGAGGGCAGAUUAUCAUGCAUUGUUCUCAGAAGUUCAAGAUAUUAAGGAGUGUUUCAGUGAGCAGCAGAACAAUCAACUGACAACAUGGACAAUAAGAGCAGUGAUGGCUAAUGAUCUCUACACUGAUGAUAGCUUUGUGUUUUCAAAAGCUGCAGGGAAAAUAAAGGAAGCCAUAUCUAGUCUUCCCUUUGCCACAGUGGAUGAUGACAAUGAUGAAGCUGCAGAUCUUGCAAAAACUGAAAGUGAAGUUGUCAACACGAGUUCUCAGGAUGGUACCUCAUCUCCUGUUUUGCCUAAAUCAGCUCAAGAAGCCUCGGAUCCCUUUGGUUUGGAUGUCUUGCUUCCUAGUGCACCUAAGAAGGAAGAAAAAUCGAGAGAUAAGGAGAUAGCUCUGUUAAACAGAAAGGCAGAAGAGGAAGAAUCAAAGAGAUAUAACAAGUUGCAGAGAGAAGCACUUCUUUUAUGUUUGGAGAUCGCAGCUGGACGGUAUAGACUACCAUGGGCCCAGACAGUGAUUGAUAUCUUGGUGAAGCAUGCCUUUGACAACAUAAACAGGUUCACCUCCCAACAAAGAGAUGCGAUUGAGAAGCUCUGGGCUUCAGUAAAAGAGCAGCAGAUCAGGAGGAAGCAAGGAAAGUCUGUGACAGGCAAACUCGACAUGAAUGCCUUCGAAUGGCUGCAGGAGAAAUAUGCUAGUGAGAAGAUCAGCAUACGGCAUUCUGUUGGAGGAGGAGGUGAACGUCGUUGUGAACAGUGGCUUGGUUGAAAUUUUCUGUACAGCCAACUGAUUCAUAUGCAUAUUUUUGCCUGUUCCAGUUUGGGUAUUUCUCCUCGCUAUGAUCCAGUUGCGUGAUAGAUUGGCCCUUGGUCAUAAGGAUUAUUGUUGUUGGCAUACUGAAUGUACAAGUAAUACUAUGGUAUUGUUGUUGUUAAUGACAAUUUUCUUAGUUAUCGCCGUGGUCUCAUUCGAUCAGAAACUCGAUUUUACCAGAACUCGCGGAUGAAUGUUGCAGCUGUUAAUGAAAUGUGCUUGCAGCAUUCUUUUUCGGGAGAGAAAUGGUGUGGGCGUUGGAAAAUAUUGAUGAUCA